AUGGUCGCUGGAGUUGACGUGUUCGAGAGGGAAGACCGCGAAUUAGUAAAUGUAGCGCAUGACCCAAGUGGAGUGGCAACAUACGAAAUGUCGCAGGUCAUGAUUGGACGUGUGACUUGCUGGCGUCACUUCACUCUAAUUCUUGUUCCAUCAUCUUCAUAUGCCGUCUCAACAACAUUUACCGAGCACAAAUGGGAGUACAUCAACUUCCAUAAAAAAGACUGCUACAAAAUGGGCCGCAAUAAAGAACCUGAACAGCCGGUAAGCAAUCCUGUAGAAGCAAAGAAACAUCGAGACGAGUCUGUUGGACACUUCAAAAAUGGCAACUAUGACCGAGCUCUCAACUCACUAGAUAAGGUCGUGAUGGAAAAUGAUGCCAUUGCUCAAGCUAGAUCUAUCCUUGGUCCUACAAAGGACGCAGAAUUCUUGCAAAGCUUCGUAAGAGUAGGAAUAGGUGACGACGAAGAUGAGGCACCGGUUCCCAAAGCCUCGAUCAGUAAGCGCCUUCCAAAUUCUGCGGAAAAAACUCAAACGCCAGAAGCAGAAGAAGAGAGGUCUUCAGCGAAAGAAAAAGUAGUGACUAUUAAACCACGAAAGAAGAAAGAAAAGAAGCACCGUGAGAGACGACGUCGUGAGGAGGAACUGUAUACUGACAAGGAUCGCGCCGCGGCUGUGGUGAUGGGAUCCAGAGACAUAAAAUUAUCUUUGAACAUGAAAGAUAAAGCAGAAAGGAGUAGUGCUCUCCAUUUACCUGAAGAAGCUGAUGCAGGUACACUUUUGGCGUUGUCUCGAGCGGAGAUAAUGAGGGAAAGGUACCGCAACGCUGUGACAUUUGUUGAUAAGGCUAUAGAAUUGGCGCCAGAAGAGAAAGCAGCGUAUGUCGCUCGCAGCAAAUGCUACCUGCUUCUGGGGGAACCACGAUUGGCUCUAGCAGAUGCUGAAACGGCUCUAAUUUUGGAUCCGAAACACGCAAAAGCAUUGCUUCAGAAAGCUGAAGCACUGUACUAUUGUGGAGAGUUUGAGCUGAGUUUAGUGCACUUCCACAGAGGAUUGCGAGCGAGGCCCGACUUAAGUGACUUUCGACUGGGAGUACAAAAGGCACAGGAAGCAAUAGAAAAUACUAUUGGGUCCGUAAAACCGGUUUUCAAUAAACCAGUCAAACGCACGAACUCUAAGCCACCACGGCCUGCAUUAGGUCAACUGAUGUCUGACAAGUUAUAUCUGGAGAACCUGCUCAAGAACCCAGACCUGGCUAUUGCAGACAAAAAGAACGGCAUUGUAAUGAAACAAGCCGAAGAAGCUAUUCGAUUUUUGGAGAACAGAGAAGAAUUUUGGAGACAGCAACAGACCACAACUUAAAAAAUAAUACUUGGAUUAAACAAAGAAUCACGUCCUUACGUGGUACGGUUUUAAUCAACUAUAAUUAGUAAAAUCAUCUAAAAUCUUAACUACCAACUAAAAAAAUGUGAUAUAAAAAUUAAUAAUUACUGAAUUAAUCUAAUUUCUUAAUACUGUGUUGUUGAUGUUAGCUGUUUUCGAACAUGAUUAUCUGCUCUAAUAAGUACAAAAUGCAAUUUUCCUUAUAAUGAACUAAUAAUUGUAUUGUUGUACUCAAUAAAAAACAAUAAAACACGAAGAAUAU